AGUUAUCGCGCGAUUGCCAACAAGUUCGGUACGGGAACUAAAGUGAGCUGUGAAGAAACGAGUGUCUAGAAGCUAGUUUGUUCAAGCGGUGAAUAAACUUUGUGCGAAAAAACGUUUGUAGUGAUCGACAAAAGUGUGGAAUAAAAGGGCAAAGGGAACGUUUUAGAACGUAAAGUAAAGGCAUAUUUUAGAAAUACAAGCAAAGCAAUAACAAAAUAAUCAUGUCAGCUAAAGCGGAUAUUGCACUGAUCGGUUUGGCCGUUAUGGGUCAGAAUCUCGUAUUGAAUAUGAAUGAUAAAGGCUUUGUGGUUUGCGCCUACAAUCGCACGGUCGAGAAGGUCAAUCAAUUUCUAAAGAACGAGGCCAAGGGUACAAAUGUGAUCGGUGCCACAUCGCUGCAGGAUAUGGUGAACAAAUUGAAGUUGCCACGCAAAAUUAUGCUUUUGGUCAAGGCCGGUAGCGCUGUGGAUGAUUUCAUUCAGCAAUUGGUGCCACUAUUAUCGCCCGGUGAUGUUAUUAUCGAUGGUGGUAACUCCGAGUACCAGGAUACCGCACGCCGUUGCGAUGAAUUGCGCGCCAAGAAGAUAUUGUAUGUUGGCUCUGGUGUGAGUGGUGGCGAAGAGGGCGCACGACAUGGUCCAUCUCUUAUGCCUGGUGGUCAUCCCGAAGCGUGGCCACUUAUCCAACCCAUUUUCCAAUCUAUCUGCGCGAAGGCAGACAAAGAACCCUGCUGUGAGUGGGUGGGUGAAGGCGGCGCCGGACACUUUGUUAAAAUGGUACACAAUGGCAUCGAGUAUGGUGAUAUGCAGUUGAUUUGCGAAGCUUAUCAAAUUAUGAAAGCGCUUGGACUCUCACAAGCUGAGAUGGCUACUGAGUUUGAGAAAUGGAAUAGUGAAGAGCUGGAUUCAUUCCUUAUCGAAAUCACACGUGAUAUUCUCAAUUAUCAAGACGAUAGAGGCUACUUGUUGGAACGUAUUCGUGAUACAGCCGGUCAGAAGGGUACUGGAAAGUGGACCGCAAUCUCUGCACUACAAUAUGGUGUGCCUGUUACGCUAAUCGGUGAGGCGGUAUUCUCACGUUGUCUCUCCGCAUUGAAGGAUGAACGUGUAGCGGCUAGCAAACAAUUGAAGGGCCCAAAUGUUAAUGCCAAAGUCGAGGAUUUGCCAAAAUUCUUGAAUCACAUUAAACAUGCCCUUUACUGCUCGAAAAUCGUGUCCUACGCACAAGGUUUCAUGCUCAUGCGUGAGGCAGCCAAGGAGAACAACUGGAACUUGAAUUAUGGUGGUAUUGCAUUGAUGUGGCGUGGUGGUUGUAUCAUUCGCAGUGUCUUCUUGGGCAACAUCAAGGACGCCUACACCCGCAACCCACAACUUUCGAACUUAUUGUUGGAUGAUUUCUUCAAAAAGGCUAUCGAGGUUGGACAAAACUCUUGGCGUCAGGUAGUGGCCAAUGCAUUCCUCUGGGGCAUUCCUGUACCAGCUCUCUCAACCGCCCUCUCCUUCUACGAUGGCUACCGUACAGAGAAAUUACCCGCCAACUUGUUGCAAGCGCAGCGUGAUUAUUUCGGCGCACACACCUAUGAACUCUUAGGUGCUGAGGGCAAAUUUGUGCAUACCAAUUGGACCGGCACUGGUGGCAAUGUCUCUGCAAGUACAUACCAGGCGUAAGGUCUUUAUGUACAUAGAUACAUACAAAUCAUGAAGAAAAUACCGAAAAUAUUCAGGUUCCCCAAAAGGGCAUUCCACUUAUUUAGAAAUUAAUUAGAACUUAAUUUUAUAUUCAAGCGUUUGUGAGUACUUGAAAAUAUGUACAUACGUAUGUAUAUACAUAUGUAGAUAUAUAUAAAUGGUGUAAAUAAAGCAAAUAAUUACGCAAAUGGGUAUUAAACGAAUGAAAUACUUAA